GAAUCAUGUUGUGAUAUUGCUGCUUCCUUUGAAAGUCGAUUCUUGUUCACUUGACUCAUUGAUUGGGAUCUUCUAGUAUGGUUUAGGAUUCAUAAUUACCAACCAUGAGUUGCUACGCAGUAGAGGAUGGUAGUUGGCAAGUAUGCACUCUAUCUCUACGAACAGGAACUAUCAUCAUUGGUUGGCUGGAUAUUAUUUAUGCAAUAAUUAGAGGUAUCGUUGCAACAGUUCGGCUUGGGGACUGUGGAGGAGAAAAUGGAAUAAGUGCUUUUAGUUGCGGUGUGUUCGUAACAAUUUCACUAUUAGCAUUGCUUGAAUUCAUCGUGUCUUUCACACUAUUGUGGGGUGUCAGAAAUAGACUUUUCCCAAAAAUCCAACUAUGGGCUCCAGCGCAAAAGAUUCUCUUGAUUCUGUACCUGCUUGUAUUCAUUCUAUUAUGCAUUCUAAGAAUCAAUUGGGUUCAAAUUUUGUUUCUCAUCAUUUUCCAUCCUGUCAUCAUUUACUUCAUACCAGUCGUUAGUAGUUAUGCUGAAAGCCAAAAUGAUUCAUUCUAAGUCAAAACUGAUAACUUAUCACCACAGAGCAAAUCACUGUUAACAUCACAGAACAAAUAGCAUAAACGUAAUAUAUACUUUGUAAAAUUGGUUUGGAAUCUAUUUAGGAAAUAAAUUUUAUUGUUUAAAUAA